AUGAGCAGAGUACAACUCAAACCUCAACCCAGAGAUCUGGCAAUAAUUUGUGGAUUAGAGAAAUUUCACCAGUACCUGUAUGGAAGGCAUUUUUUCUUAAUCACAGACCACAGACUUUCUACCUUGCUUGGGCUUAAACGAGGGAUUCCAGUGUUAGCAGUGUCACGUCUUCAGAAGUGGGCGAUUCAAAUUGGUGCAUAUCAGUAUCAGUAUGAUAUUGAAUACAGAACUUCUAAGAACAAUGCAAACGCUGAUGCGUUGUCCCAGUUGCCGAGGAAAAUUGUGGAAGAGCCAGAUGUCUGGACUUCUGAAGCAGAAGUAAACCGAGUUCAUCUCGAACGGCUCCGAUUUCUGUAUCUAUGAUCAGAGAAGCUACGCAAACAGAUCCUGUCUUGUCUCUCAUGGUGUAUUUUGUGUUGCAUGGUUGGCCUGAAGAGGGAACUUUGCCAGAAGAACUCCGAUUUUUCUUCAUGAAACAAGACCACAGAAGAAUGCUGUCUUCUGAGAGGAACCAGAUGGUGAUUCCAACCAGAUAGCAAGGGCAGGUGUUGGUGAGUUACAUUUGAAGUCAUUUCUCUGCCUAGUGAACUAUUAUCGCAAGUUCAUUCCAGAUAUGGCAACCUUGGUAAAUCCUCUGAAUCGUUUGCUAUCCCAAGAUGUUCUAUGGAGCUGGUACGACGACUGUCAGAAAGCAUUUGAAACCUUGAAAGUGGGUUUGGCGAAUUCACCAUUAUUAACGCAUUACAACUCCAAGAUGCCAGCGAGACUAGCUGCUGAUGCAUCAUCAUGUGGAAUAGGAAUCAUGUUAUCUCAUGAUGGAGAAGAACAACCCAUAUAG